GCACUUAUUUUUAUUCAUAAAGAGAAGGCAAUCCAUAGAGAUUUACAUUCCGGAAAUAUAUUAUAUUCACAAUUAAAUAAUUAUUGGUGUAUCAGUGAUCUUGGAUUUUGUGGACCUGCUGAUAAAUCUUCAACAAGUAUAUAUGGAAAUCUUCCUUACAUAGCACCCGAAGUUAUUGUUGUAAGAUAAUAUACUUUUGCAUCUGAUAUUUAUAGUAUUGCAAUUCUUAUGUGGGAAAUUUCAUCUGGACAACCACCAUUUAUAAAUUAUGAACAUGAAAAUGAUAUUGUAAUGA